AUGCUGUGGCGGCAUUUCCAGCGUCGCCUCCCGGCCACCUUGGCUCGUCGUGGCAUUCUCCGGUGUCGGCUUCCCCAAUUAUAUAGCGGGUCAGCACGCCAACUGUCUAGCUCCUCCACCACAUUUCCGACAUGGUCGCAAUUCAAUCGGUCAGAAUUCACAAGUCAACCGUUUACCGGUAGCUAUGAAACAGGAGGUCCUACUCGCGGCCCAUUGGGAUCAACACCGGCCUUUGGCGCCCCCCGCAUCACACCGAAAGUCUUAAAGCAAUAUCUCGAUCAAUAUGUCGUCGGUCAGGAUCGUGCAAAGAAAGUGCUCAGUGUCGCCGUGUACAAUCACUACCAGCGCGUGCAAGAGUUAGUGCGCCGGGAGGAAGAAGCAGCCGAGGCUCUCGCGAAGCGCCAGCGGAGGGAAGCACUUGAGAUUCAUCCCUUAGACGCAGAUGAUAUUACAGGCGCACAGAAGUCUGCCAGCAUACCUCAACCCCCCAAAUCCCGCUCAAACACCCCAUUGGAGCAAGCAGAUUUCGCCGAUACGUCGCCGCUACACCUUGAAAAGUCCAAUAUUUUGUUACUUGGUCCGUCCGGUGUAGGAAAGACACUUAUGGCGAAAACUCUUGCUCGGGUUCUUUCUGUGCCUUUCAGUAUUUCCGACUGCACGGUGUUCACCCAAGCCGGUUACAUUGGAGAGGACGCGGAAGUGUGUGUUCACCGACUUUUGGCAGCUGCAGACUACAACGUGGAGCAGGCAGAGCGUGGAAUUAUUGUCCUUGACGAGGUGGACAAGAUCGCAGCUGCGAAGGUUAGUCAUGGCAAAGAUGUCGGUGGUGAAGGAGUACAGCAGGCGCUUCUCAAGAUCAUUGAAGGCACAACCGUGCAGGUCCAGGCCAAGCCAGAGAAGAAUCCCCGCGCAACUAGUGCCCCGAAUAGCUUUCCCUCCAACAGUCCCUUGGGAAAUGGGUCAUUCCAUCCCAACAACCCUAACCCAGCCGCGAAGGGAGAAGUGUACAAUGUGCGCACUGACAAUAUUUUGUUCGUGUUCUCUGGCGCCUUCGUUGGAUUACACAAGGCUAUCAUGGAUCGAAUAUCCCGUGGAUCAAUAGGCUUUGGUCAGCCAGUUCGGCCCGCCUCAAACAGUAGUGAUUUCCCUGGCUCGCCAAAUAUCUCCGCCAACCAGCCACUUCCAAUCCUCCCAGGGUCUGAAGAAGAAGCGCUGUAUAAGAAGCACCUCCCCUUCUUCUCCUCUGCCUCGCCAGCCGGUUCUGGUGCCGAGCCAACCUAUUUCAACGCACUCGACCUCUUAACACCCUCAGAUCUGCAAAGUUACGGCUUCAUCCCUGAGUUAAUCGGCAGGAUUCCCGUCACCGCUGCUCUCUCUGCACUGUCUCAACCCUUACUUAUGCGCAUCCUAACCGAACCCCGCAACUCCCUUCUAGCCCAAUACACAACCCUAUUCUCCCUCUCGGGUAUCGAGCUGCGCUUUACCACACCGGCACUCCACAAAAUCGCCGGCAAUGCCUUCACAAUGGGCACCGGCGCACGUGCGCUGCGAACUGAGAUGGAGACCAUCCUCAGUGACGCCAUGUUCGAAGCUCCCGGCUCGAGCGUGAAAUUUGUCCUCGUGACCCAGGCUGUGGCUGAGCGCAAGGAACAACCCAUCUACCUUGCUCGUGGACAGGGCGGGCGUUUCCAUGCUAUGAUUUCCGCCGAGGAAAGCCAAUGGGAAGCAAAGACUCGCGGGGAAAAGAAAGACCAGGAUCAAAAGACUAAGACGCAAGACGAUCAGGAUGGCUCCAAUGCGUCGAACUUCGAGGAGUACCAGAAUCGAGCGACUGGUUAA